AUGAAAAUCAGAGCCGACAACAUUCUGCGUGAAUACAAUCCGCCUCCUGUGGUUACCUCUCCUUCUUCUCCAGGUCUCGCCGCUGCGACUAGGACAUCCUUGGCUACAGCAAACUCUGUAUCUUGCCUUAUAUCUGAAAAAUGCCAGCAAGUUGCCCGAGACAAAUUACCACCUGAUAGUGAAGAGCUCAGCUGCGACAGCCCCACUCUAGAGUCGGGCUACUUCCGCUGCGUAUGUGCCAAAACACGGUUUCUGGGCCAUAACGACUAUUUCUCUGCGCACUGUGUCUUUCAAGAGUGUAAAGACGACCGCGAAAAGAGAGCAUUUGUAAAGCAGUACAAAGACGGUUGUAAGCAGAUAGGAGAGUCUCUAGCAGACAUUCCUAAGGAAUGGAUCCCAUUUACAAAACCGGAUGCAUCGAGUUCAUCACAACGUUCUCAUCAAAGUACAACACGCAGUACCCCACUUGCCAGUGAUGCACCUAGUACCUCUACAGCACCAAGCGCGACAACCGAUCCAACCCAGUCGUCCACUGUUGCAGAAGCAGACGUCGUACCUGCACCAACAUACUCAAGCAGCAAAGAGAUUCAAUCACCAACCCCAUCUUCCUCUUCUGCAGCAGCCAUCCUACCAACCCCCCAAAACACACCCAACACAGCCGUAAUCGCAGGAAGCAUCGUCGCCACAGUCGUCAUCGUCACCCUCCUCAUCGGCGUCGGAAAACUCUACUACGACACCAGGAAGAAAGCAAAGCAACUCCGCGUGGCUAAUGCCCAGCUGGAAGACGCUACGAAUCCAGAUGGCGUCUCAAACCGCAUCGUGACACUCAUGGCUGGAUCGGAUAGAGCGUCUGUAGCGUCGCGAAGCAGUUCUGCCACCGAUCCGCGUCAUACAGCAGCCUUUCCUAAUGGAAACACGGCAGUGUGUAAUGGGGAGAUGGAGGCGGUGGGAGCUGCUGCUGCUGCACAAUCCAGUGUGAGUGGGGAUUAUACAGAGGAGUACUAUGGGUCGAAUAAAUAUGACCACGGGUUUGCUUCUGAAUAUACGGGGUAUAGUGCGGAGAGUGGAGGUGGUGUCGUAAGGGGCUCGUACGAUGGAGGGGUUGGUGCCGAGAGGAGGUUUUCGGGAGUUUCCGAGAGUGACUAUGGGAGUGUGAGGUUUUAG